UCGAUCUGAUCUAGCCCUCUCCGUCUCCUCCUGCUUCGGCCUAGCCCUCUUUUUCGUGGUGCUUUUUGCUACCUUCCCCUCUCGGCACCGGGCAUUUCACCACUUUUUUUAAAUAUAUCCUUCCCCCCCCUCAAGAGGAUCGGCCUACCUCUUAUGUGUCCGCAAACGGCCUUUACCUUUUCCGCCAUUCCGUUGUCUCAACGGAGUUCCCGCUCCAGCUCCCAGUACGGCGGCAGCACCACCGCCAGCACCAACAGCCAGGGAAGCUACUACCUCUGGCAGCAGUCGCCUUGAACCAACAACCUACCUACCAACAACCUACCUACCAACGAGCCAAUCAAACAACAUCGUCCACCCGAGGCAACAACACCGACACCCCUUCACCAUGGCUGACGGUAUCGAAGCCCGCCGUGUCAACAGCUCCGUCCAGGAAAAGGGGGCGGGGUCGACAUCGGGGUCCAUCACCACCAACGGCGCGGACAGCAAUGCGCCCAUUGCUCCGGCCGGAAACUCGGAUCAGCUCCAGCGCCGCUUGACGAACCGCCACCUGCAGCUCAUCGCCAUCGGAGGCUCCAUCGGCACGGGUCUCUUCGUGUCCAUCGGAACCGGUCUGCAGCGCGGAGGCCCGGCCUCGCUCUUCCUCGCCUACACCAUCUACUCUUGCAUGCUCGGCCUCGUCAACAAUGGCAUGGCCGAGAUGUGUGUCUACAUGCCCGUGACUGGGUCCUUCAUCCGCAUGGCUGGCAAGUGGGUCGACGAGGCCUUUGGCUUCAUGGCCGGCUGGAACUUUUUCCUGUACGAAGCCUUCCUGAUCCCCUUUGAGAUUGCCGCCUUGAACCUCGUCAUCACCUUUUGGCGCGACGACGUCCCGGCCGUCGCCGUGUGUCUCAUAUGCAUCGCCCUCUACGGAGCGCUGAACGUCGUCGCCGUCCGCUACUUUGGCGAAGCCGAGUUCUGGCUCUCCUCUGGCAAGCUGCUGCUCAUCGUCAUGGUCUUUUGCUUCACCUUUGUCACCAUGGUCGGCGGCAACCCGCAAAACGACGCCUAUGGCUUCCGCAACUGGAUGGUGGUCUCUGCCUUCAAGGAGUACAUUGGCCAAGGCGACACUGGUCGCUUCCAGGGCUUCCUGGCCGCCCUGUACUCGGCUGGAUUCACCGUGGUCGGACCCGAGUACAUCUCCAUGAUUGCCGGCGAGGCCAUGCGGCCGCGCAUCUACCUCAAGCAGGCGUUCAAGACGGUCUACUGGCGCUUCGCCUUCUUCUUCAUCGGCGGCGCCCUCGCCUGCUCCAUCGUCCUCCGCAGCGACAACAAGAAGCUCGAGAACGCGGGCACGGGCACGGCGGACGGGUCGCCGUACGUCAUCGCCAUGGAGGUCAUGGGCAUCCGCGUGCUGCCGCACAUCAUCAACGCGCUGCUGUGCACGUCCAUCUUCAGCGCGGGCAACGCCUACACGUACUGCGCCAUGCGGUCGCUCUACGGCCUCGCGCUCGACGGGCAGGCGCCGGCCAUCUUCAAAAAGUGCAUGAGCAACGGCAUCCCCAUCUACGCCUUCGCCGCCACCAUGAUCUUCCCGUUCCUGUCGCUGCUGCAGGUGUCCAACAACACGGCGCAGGUGGUGACGUGGCUCCAGUCGCUGACCCAGGCCGCGCAGAUCAUGAACUACACCAUCAUGUGCAUCACCUACAUCUGCUUCCACCGCGCCUGCGUGGCCCAGGGCUUCGACCGCACCUCGCUGCCCUACUACGGCUACUUCCAGCCCUACUGCGCCUACAUUGGCGCCGUCUUCAUGACGCUGGUGGUCACCUCCUUUGGCUACACGACCUUCCUCCCCGGCCGCUGGGACACCCUGACCUUCUUCUCGUACUACACCAUGAUCUUUGUGGGCAUCCUGACCUACACGACCUGGAAGAUUCUCCACAAGACCAAGAUCGUCAAGCCCCACGAGGCCGACCUCAUCUGGGACAAGCCCAUCAUCGAUGCCUACGAGGCCCAGUUCACCACGGAGCCGACCCGGUUCCGCGACGACGUCCGAAAGAUCUUUGGUAUGCUCAAGGGGAACAAGUCGACCGACUCGGAACGGCAGGAGACUGCGGAGCAGAGACAAGGGGAGAAAUAAAAGAAAAAAGUGGGCUCUUAUCUUACCCCACCCCGAGCUUUGCUCUGCUGCAUGUGAUGAAUGGGAACAAGUGUUGGGUUGUGGUAAUAACUAUAUCAGCCAACCAACCAACCAACGUGCUACUAUGAUAUAGCAAUCGGAGCACUUGAAAGCCCCACUGUGGCGUAAGGGCGAUAUUGGAGUGGGCUCAGGGUGGAUAGAGCAGAUAUCAACAAUUGAACAACAAACAAACAAAAAAAAAAAAACAGUCGAGGGUGAAAAAAGGUGACUGACGAUCAUGAUCGGCGAAAAGGGGGUCAGUUUUUGAUUUUAUGUUUUGUUUCAUUUACAGUGCAUUAAUUGGUCAAGGUAUGGACGGAACAGCGAGCGUUCUUUUGGGUCUUUUUGGGCACGACAUAUAUCCUUUCUUUUUUUUUUUUUUGUGCUCUCUUCUUUUCACUCAUUUUUUGCGCAUUGUUUUCUGGUUCGUUUGAAGAUAUUAGUUGGCCGAUCACGAUCGACAAAAUCAUU